AUGGUCUGCACUAAGCUUUCAUUAAUUCUCUGUUCACUCUUAGGCCUCCAUUUCACUCAACUUUUACCCUUUUCUCCUUUUGCUGCGUUUGCUGCCACCAUUGCUGAAAACCAAGUGAGGGAAGCUGGUGCUCUACUUGAGUGGAAAGCUAGCCUUGAAAACCAAAGCCAAACUUCUCUGUCUUCAUGGACCAAAGGUGUCAGUCAUUGCAAGUGGGAAGAAAUCAUUUGUGACAAAUCCAACUCUGUCACCACUAUAAAUGUAGCAAAUCAUGGGUUAAAAGGUACUCUUCACACUCUCAACUUCUCAUCCUUUCCCAACCUGCUAACUCUGGAUGUUAGUAACAAUAGUUUCAAUGGUACUAUUCCUCACCAAAUUGCUAACUUAUCCAGAGUUUCUCAGUUGAUAAUGAACAAGAAUAAUUUUGAUGGUCCAAUCCCCAUUUCCAUGGUGAAGUUGGCUACCUUGAAGAUUUUAAACUUGAAAAACAAUCACCUCUCUGGCCCUCUUCCUGAGGAGAUUGCUGAGUUGAGGAACCUAGAGAGUCUGUUAUUCGAAUCCAAUAACCUUUUUGGUACCAUUCCUCCAACAAUUGGAAGGAUGACCAACCUUGUUGAACUUAAUUUGCAACUUAACUCAUUUAAUGGCACAAUCCACCCUUCAAUUAGAAACUUGACAAAUUUAAAAUUCCUCCGGCUCCAACAAAAUAGUCUCUCUGGUCGCAUUCCACAUUUCAUAGGAGACAUGACCAAUUUGCUUGUUCUUGAGAUCGAUCAAAACAAAUUUACAGGACCAAUUCCUCCCCAUAUUGGAAACUUGACGAAGAUGGUCAAUCUGUCCUUGGCCGUGAACAUGCUUUCUGGACCAAUUCCUCCCUCGCUUGGAAACUUGGUCAAUCUAAAGGCGUUGGAGCUUUCCAGGAACGAUCUAUCCGGAGUUAUUCCUUCCACCUUAGGAAAUUUAACUAGCCCCAUCGCGUUCAUAGUGUCAUCUAACAAACUUGAAGGCAGAUUACCACCAGGAAUGAAUAACUACACCAAUUUAAUAAACUUACAACUAUCUAACAACAGUUUUAGUGGCCCUCUGCCACAAAAUAUUUGCCUUGGUGGGUCACUACUCUUAUUUACUGCUCAAAAUAAUAAUUUCACGGGUCCAGUUCCAAAAAGCCUGAAAAAUUGCUCCACUCUUCUAAGACUCAGACUGGAUGGAAACCAGUUGAGUGGAAAUAUAUCAGAUGAUUUUGGUGUUUAUCCAGUGUUGAACUACAUUGAUCUGAGUAGGAAUAACUUUUAUGGCCACAUUUCCCCAAAUUGGGCAAAGUGUCCUGGUCUCUCAGCCAUUAAAAUGUCCAACAAUAAUUUAUCUGGUAGUAUACCGCCAGAACUCAGCCAGGUACCCAAUUUAGGAGAACUUGCCUUGUCUUCAAAUCAUUUAACAGGGAAAGUUCCAAAAGAACUUGAGAACUUGACCUCUUUGUUGAAGUUAUCAAUAAGCAACAAUGAACUUUCCGGCACUAUUCCUACGGAAAUAGGUGCCUUGUCCAAGCUUGACACUUUGGAGCUUUCAGCAAAUAAUUUAGAUGGUCCAAUUCCAAAACGGUUGGGGGAGUUAUUCAAGUUAGUUAACUUGAAUUUGAGCAAAAACAGAUUGACAGAAAGCAUUCCAUUGGAAUUUAGGCGUUUGCAAGCUCUUGAAAGUCUUGAUCUUAGUUACAAUUUUUUAAAUGGAGAAAUACCAUCAGCACUUGCAAGUAUGACAAGAUUGGAAACGUUAAACCUCUCUCACAACAAUCUCUCAGGAGCCAUUCCAUCUAAUUUUAAGGAUGGCUUAACAACGGUUGACAUAUCUAACAAUCAAUUACGGGGUCCAAUUCCUAACAGUCGAGCCUUUCUCAAUGCUUCAUGUGAUGCAUUCAAAAAUAAUAAAGGCUUGUGUGGAAAUGUCCGUUGUUUAGUGCCUUGCAGCAGCCGUAAUGAUAAAGGGAAAAGAAAUGUCACCAGGUUAGCAUUAGGCCUUACUUUGGGUGCUCUACUUCUAGUGGUACUCGUGGUUGGAGUUUUGUUAUGUAUUCGCUACAGAAGAGCAACAGAAGGCAAAAAGGAGGAGGCUAAAGAAGAAAAAACUCAUGAUCAUUAUGCCAUAUGGAGUUAUGAUGGAAAAUUAGUGUAUGAAAAUAUCAUCGAUGCCACAGAGGGGUUUGAUGACAAAUAUCUCAUUGGAGAGGGAGGGUCAGCAUCUGUUUAUAAAGCUAAAUUACCGACAGGAGAGAUUGUUGCUGUGAAAAAACUUAAUGCUGCAUCCAAUGAAGAAACACCGGAUUUAAGAGCUUUUAAAACUGAGGUUGAAGCCUUGGCAGAAAUCAAGCAUCGUAACAUUGUGAAGUCGCUUGGAUAUUGUUUACAUCCACGUUUCUCCUUUUUAGUUUAUGAGUUCCUUGAGGGGGGUAGUUUGGAUAAAGUACUCACCAACGAUACGCGUGCAACAAUGUUUGAUUGGAACAUGAGGGUAAAGGUUGUUAAAGGUGUGGCAAAUGCUUUGUACCAUAUGCAUCAUGGUUGCUUUCCUCCUAUUAUUCAUCGAGACAUAUCAAGCAAGAAUAUUCUUAUAGAUUCGGAUUAUGAAGCCCGCAUUUCUGACUUUGGAACAGCUAAAAUUCUGAAUCCUGAUUCACGCAAUUUAGCCUCGUUUGCAGGCACAUAUGGGUAUGCUGCACCAGAGCUUGCUUAUACCAUGGAAGUGAAUGAAAAAUGUGAUGUGUUCAGUUUUGGAGUGCUUUGUUUGGAAAUAAUGAUGGGAAAGCAUCCAGGAGAUCUCAUUUCAUUAUUAUUUUCACCCUCUGAAACACCAUCAGCGUAUAAUUUGCUUUUGAAAGAUGUGUUGGACCAAAGACUACCCCUUCCGGUGAAGCCAGUUGUUGAGGAGGUGAUCUUGAUUGUGAAAAUAGCAUUUGCUUGCUCAAGUGAAAGUCCACGUUUUCGUCCAAGCAUGGAACAAGUGUAUAACGAGUUUGUGAUGCCAAAACCAUCUUCACUCAAUUCACUCUCCAUCAUCACACUUGGUCAACUCGUGAAUUACUGA